AUGGAGAUAAAGCAAAAGCAGAAGCAAGGCUCUUGUUCCAUCCGAAGAUGGCAGCGGCAGCGGCAGCAGUGAAGGUGUACGGACCACCCAUGUCCACCGCCGUAUCAAGGGUCUUGGCCUGUCUCCUCGAGAAAGACGUCCAAUUCCAGCUCAUCCCCGUCAACAUGGCCAAAGGCGAACACAAGAAGCCUCCCUUCCUCAAGAUCCAGCCCUUCGGUCAAGUUCCCGCAUUUCAAGACGACCACAUUACUCUCUUCGAGUCUCGUGCGAUAUGCCGCUACGUGUGUGAGAAACACGGGGAGAAAGGGAACAGGGAGCUGUACGGAACGAACCCGUUGGCGAGGGCGUCGAUAGAUCAAUGGUUGGAGGCAGAAGCACAGAGCUUCAACCCACCUUCGUCGACUCUGGUGUUCCAGCUGGCAUUCGCUCCGCGAAUGAAGAUAAAGCAGGACGAGGGUGCCAUAAGGCAGAGCACAGAAAAGCUUGCGAAAGUGCUUGAGGUGUACGAUAAGAGGCUUGGGGAGAGUCGUUUCUUAGCGGGGGACGACUUCUCUCUUGCCGAUCUCUCCCAUCUUCCCAACGCUCACUAUUUGGUCCAUUCCCCCCACGCUGCUCCUCUCUUCAAUUCUUCUCCAAAUGUGUCCAGAUGGUGGAACGAGAUCUCCUCACGCAACUCGUGGAACAAAGUCCUUCAAUUGCACCGAGAAUGAGUAUGAAAGACGCUUAUCUGAAAGAGAGUCACAACAAUUAUCAGGAGAUGGUAUCUCUAGUGUGCAAUCUGAAAAUAGUAUUUUCUAUGAUGUUGGUGGUGGUGUGAACAAAAAAGGAAGAAUAUUUGGUUUAGGUUCAAAGGCUAGGAAGUAUAAACCUUCUUCUUCUAGAUUCUCAAAUGGUAUCUCAAAUUCUGAGUCUGAACAAAUGAAAAAUUUUGUUUCAAAUUUGUCUGAAGAAAACAAAACAUUUAAAGAACACAAAGCCAUGCAGAUUUGAUUCGUGCUUCACAAGAAGAGUCUUGGUUAGUUCGUGAGCAAUUGAAGCAAUUUAUGGAGACAUUUUCUCUUGGGCUAGCUUCUCAAUCUUCUUGUCCUCCCCAACCUCCUCCUACACAUGAUUCCUACACAUGAUGCAGACACUAUACAAUCUGAUGAUAAUGAGUUAGAUGAUGAUCAUGAUAUAGAUGUUUAGGGAUGCAUUAUCUUUUACUAUUAUUAAUAUUUACUAUGCUUUAAACUUAUACUUUGUUAUGUUUAAGUUUUACUAUAGUACUUAUCAUACAUUAGGGAUCAACUAAAGUCCUUAACUUUGUUAUAUUUUGUGUUAUUUAUAUCUAUCGUAUGCUUGACUUUCUUA